UCGGCUGCAGGCGCCGGGCCGCGGGCGGGCCCUCGCUCCUCGGGGUGCCGGGCGGCCGUGGCGCCUCCGCAGGGGAGAGCGGGGCCGGGCCGGGUCAGGCCCGGGGCCGGGCGCUGCCGCCGCCCCCCGGGGCGCAGGGGUAAGCGAGAUCCUGGUGAGCUCGGGCAGCGCAGCGGAGCCGCCCCGGCCCGAGCAGCUGCCGCCGGAGGGCCCGGGGCUCGGCGCCGCUCCGAGCCGCCCGCCGGGCCUCGCGGGACCCGCGGCCGCACCGAUGACCCCCCCGGGGCGGCCCGGCGCGGCAGGCUGGGGCCGGCCCCUGGAAAGCAGCCUGCUGUGUAUCUGGAGGGCCCAGAAAUGCCAUGCAGUGCACUGACGAGGAUAAUCGGAGAGAGCAUCAGCUCCAAGGACUGGGUGAACCAGCAGAAUGAGGAGUCAUAGCAGACAUAGCAGACACGUUUCUGAGACUUCUUCACAGGGACUGAAGUGGUUGGGAGGAGAGGAAUAAAAGGGACAGCAGUAACCACUACAGCAGUCUGGACAACCCAGAAUAGCCAUGGGGCAGGUGGACUAGAUCCACAGUGGUGGAAAGACUUGCAAAUUUCAGGUCCAGGAAAGGAACACAGAGAAGACCUACAUGGACAGGGACUUUGGGUUGAUGUACAAGGAGGGAAUGAAUUGGCUUCUCUCUGAGAGAUCUUUCUCUUUAGGAAGGAAGACAGGGGAAUAAUGCAGUUUAUUUUGAUUUUGUUUUGGGGAUUUGGGGGUUGUUUUUUUUUUCUGUGUUUAUUUUCCAGAACACCUGAGAGUUACCCUGCAUUCACACAGUUCAAGAAGGGAAGGGCUCAGGAAAAAAAUCCUUUCUGGCUACCAAGUUGAUACACCACCAUAUCCUAGCAGUCGUAACUGCCCCUGGUGCCCAGUCCCACAGGGCUGCCCCUCACCUCCACAGCUGCUCACCUGGCAUCCCACUCAUGUACAAGAUUAUGGAGAGGAGAACUGGAAUGAAAAGCAGAGGCAUUUGUAUGAUCUUUCACUGUCCUUCGUAUCUAGCUGAUUGUAAAACACAGUGACUCAUUUUGGUGUUGUGGUCAGCCUGCAGCCCUUUUUGUAUUUAAUAAAGCAACUUCUGGAGAAGAGUCUGUGAGUUCAAUAUUGAGCAUAACAUCCCUUGCUGAUAGCAAUGGUCCUGAAGCUGUUGUCUUUCUGACUUUCCAAGCCAAUGUCAGUGGUGUGGGGGUGUCUAUAUAUGAGCUUGUGUGUGCAGAAACAAUAAAAGUAUAACCAUGUACCUAUCAAAUAUGGAAGCUCUGAAGCUUCAUCAAAGUAGGACUUAGUACAUCAGUAGUUGAACUGGACACUUCCCUUAGUUCUUCUUUUGGAGACAAAAUUAGUUUAAUAUGCAAAAAUUUAUGUAUAAGCUAAAGAUGGCAUUUUUUUUAAAGUUUGUCUUUCCCAGUCCCAUUAUGCCUUUUAGAUACAGGCUGGUGAAGAAGGCACAGGAUGUGGUCUGGUUCACAGCCUGCACUUCUGGCUGAGCUGAUGGUUCUCUGCACUGUGCUGAGGCAACACCAGCUUGGCCUGGCAUGUUGGACAGAGGCCACUGGCAGACAUCAUCACUCUUGGUUGUGGUGACUGAUGCUGGCAUUGCUGAUGAGAGAAGUUCCCUCCUCAGUCAUCUCAUAGGAAGGUCUCAGCCCUUAAAAUCCUGCAGACUGUGCAUAGUCUGUGUAUGUGAGCAGUAACUUUCCUGCCCUCAGACUCAGGCUGCUGCUCAGUGGAAUUGUAGCCGUCUGGAGGGGAAGAGGGGAGAAAACAAAACACCUCACUGCUUCCACCAGCAGGUGCAGGGGUGUUUGGCAGUCCUUUUCUCUAACAGUCACAGUUAGCACGUCUCCAACAGCAGUUUUACAUCUGCCCCAUCUUCUGCAGGUUUUCUCAUUUCGCCACGCUUGGUUUUCUUGCAAGACUUUUCUGGUCUCGGCUUUUUCCUCUGCUUCUUGGAGAGGCACUGUGAUUCUGCAGUGUCUGCUGUUUGUUCCUCACCAAUGUGAGGUUGUGGUCCAGACAUAAAAGCAGCAUUUCAGGUCAUGAAAACCAUUCUGAUGGGGGAGUACAUGUGUCCCAGCAGUCAUGAUGGCACCUGCUGCUUUCAGUGACAGUAGAUUUAGAGGGUUCCUCAGCAACCCUCCUCAGCCUGGAUUGAGUUCUCAAGGCUUCUCUACAGAAACCUCUUCUCACGUUUCUGAAACAGAAUGAUAAGUGCCUUCAGAUGCUGUAGGAAACCUCUGUGGGGAUAUUGGGAACUAAAACUCUCCCACACUGUCUGUGAAACUUCAGAAGGUCUUUGAAAUCUUAAAUUCCUGCUUUUUAAAGCACUGCCCAAAAUUGCAAGGCAAGCACCAGAAAGGCAGUGUGGGUGCAAAUGUGGGACCAAGGUGGCUGGAAGGUGUAGCAUGUGGGAGUGGACCUGUCCUUCUAACAGGACUGGUGCCCUCUCAACAGGUUGAGAAUUCAGUCCCCUGGUUAUACUGAUGCCAGUUGUGGCUCUAUUCUAAAAGGUACAAUUUUGUUCUGAAAGCUUUUGUUUUAUGUGAGAAAUGCACUGCAUCUUCCUGAGCAUUUUUGCAUUUAUCCUUUGCAUGGCUCUUGAGAACUUAGAAAUCAGUUGAUACAUUGAAUCUAAAAGCUAGCCCGCUGGGAACUUCAGCACCUUGUCCCAAGUGCUCCCAGCUCUUUAAAUGAGGCAAGACAUGAUUAUACCUGGAAUAAAGUAAUUAGUUUGAUUUAAUAUGAAAAUUAAUGUUUGCCCUUUAUUGUUAUUCUUUGGAACCCAAGGUUCUUCUCAGCAGGGACUGCUGUGAGGAGUUUUCUUUCAGACAAGCACAGAUAAUUGCCUUCUUUCAGUGUGUUUGCCUUCUACUGAGUUGAGGUGCUAGUGACCAGUGUCUUUCAGUAGACCAGGCUGUAAGCUCUCCUCAACGAGCUUCUCAGCUCACUUCUUCAGCAGCAAAGCCAGUUAUUUGUCAUGUAAGCGGGAGAGCAGCAGCUCUGAGCACAGGCACCUUCUUGUGAGCAGGUUGUCCUCAGCCCUCCUGGGACAGAAGGUGGUGACAGAGCAUGCCAAGGAUAAACCCUGGUUUUAGCAUCACUGUGGAGAGCAGUUGAAGUGCCAGGCACCUGGGGAGGUGUUAUUUUUGUGCAAGUUGCCUGUUAUAGCAGGGAAUAGGACUUAGUGAUUUAGAAGAGCCCUAGAGCACCAUGCCUGCUGUGGGAUACUGUCACAGUUCUUCAGUGGCCUCCUCUCCACCCAGAGCUGUGCUGUGGCUCUGCUGGCAGGUAUCUUGGUAGCAGAGACAGCCACCUGGCUAUUUGUAGCAGAUACGUGGGUACUUAAACACUUUCUGAGAGGUGAGCUCAGCGGUCCUGCAGGGUGCAGGUGGGUGGCCCCACACCAGUUGGGUAUUUGGCAAGCCUUGGUGGUGAGAGCAAUGGAAUGGCACCAGUCUGACUCUUUGUCCUUGUGGCUGCCAGGGGAGCAAGUCUUUGCAGGGCUGGAGGAGCAAGCCCGCCAAGCCAUGAUGAAAACCAACUUCCCUGGAGCUCUCGGGAACCAAAGGCCAGCCAUUCAUCCGCUGCAAGACCCUGACUCCAGCAGCAGUGGCAGUGAAGAUGAGGAAACCACCCAGGAUGAGGUUUCUUCUCAUACAUCUGAGGAGGAUGGAUCAAUGGUGAAAGUGAAGAAAGAACUGGAGAAUGCAGAACAGCCUGUGGCUGGAGCCCCCCUGAGGAGAGAGAAUGAGGUCCCUGAGAGUUUGAAUGCUGACCCACUGCUGGGACUGUCACAGUGCCCCCUCUGCCAGCUGGAGUGUGGAAGCAGAGACCAGGUCAUUGCUCACGUGUACCAGCACACUGCAGCCGUGGUGAGUGCCAAGAGCUACAUGUGUCCUGUGUGUGGCAGAGCCCUCAGCUCACCCGGAUCCCUCGGGCGACAUCUCCUCAUCCACUCAGAGGACCAGCUGUCAAACUGUGCAGUCUGCGGAGCUCGCUUCACCAGCCACGCCACGUUCAACAGCGAGAAGCUGCCCGAGGUGCUCAGCGCAGACCGGCUGUCGGCCCCGCAGAGCCAGGGCCCCUCGGGCGGGGAGGGGCAGGACUCCGCGUUCCACAGCGCCGUGUACCCCGCCGGCAUCCUGCUGGUCUGCAACAACUGCGCUGCCUGCCGCCGGCUGCUGGCGGCCCCGGGCCCCGCCGGGCGCGGGUGGGCGCUGCGGCGGCAGAACGAGCCGCUGGCGGUGCGGCUGCAGCGCCUGGAGCGGGAGCGCGCGGCCAAGAAGAGCCGGCGGGACAACGAGACGCCGCAGGAGCGGGAGGUGCGGCGGAUGCGGGACCGAGAAGCCAAGCGGCUGCAGCGCCUGCAGGAGACGGACGAGCAGCGGGCGCGGCGGCUGCAGCGGGACCGCGAGGCCAUGCGGCUGAAACGCGCCAACGAGACCCCGGAGAAGAGGCAGGCGCGGCUGAUCCGGGAGCGCGAGGCCAAGAGGCUCAAGCGGCGCCUGGAGAAAAUGGACAUGAUGCUCCGGGCACAGUUUGGCCAGGACCCCUCGGCCAUGGCCGCUCUGGCAGCUGAAAUGAACUUUUUCCAGCUGCCAGUGAGCAACGCAGAGCUGGAGAGCCAGCUGCUGGGCAAAAUGGCCUUUGAGGAGCAGAGCAGCAGCGCCCUGCACUGAGCCCGCGCCCCCGGCUGCUGGAGGCCUGGAGACCUCCCUGACCGGCCGCUCCCGUUUUCUCCUGGACAGAGCAGAACGGAGCCCAGGUGUCCUGCAAAGUAGCCGUGGUGGGAGCAGAUUCGGAGGAUACGGGCUGCUCUCGGGGCCAAGUCACAGCCUGUGAACAGAGGAAAAAUAAAUUAGUGCUCACGUUUA